AUGUCUGGCAACCAGCCCGUCUCGCGUCCGACGUGUCUGACUGGACUGCUCACCCAGCCACUGAUCCCAAGUCCUGUCAUCAACUGGAUUCUUCCAGCGCGUCUUCGAGAUAAAGACCACAACGAUGUUGUUUUCAUUGGAGAGCGGCGAAUUCAAAUCAAGGAAGCCCUGCCCAAUGGUCACCUUCAAGAUGUUGUCGAAAAAUCAGAUCUCGAAGGCUCGCUCAUCGGGGCAAAGGUCAUCAAUGUAAGCACUCAGUUGCCCUGGGAAACUCAGCCUCCAUCAAGCUUGAUGGCUCACCCUCACGACAAAAAUCAACUCCCACCUCAAAUUCUUUUCCUUGCUACGGACUCAAAUGAGCUCCUUUUCAUGUACUACUCAGAGAUUGGAGAUGGCCCAUUUGUUUCCUACAGUCGACCUUUGCCCCGCGAUGUCAACAUAGCCGACAAGUAUGGCAAGCAUAUAGCUGUUGAUCCCAAGUCGCGCGCGGUUGCAGUCAGUGCGUCGCGUAAUUUCUUCGCGGUCUUGUGGUUAAAAUCUCCCGGCGAACUCCAGAUGCAGAUGGCCCAGGGAAAGCUGAACCCAAUUGAAUGCGAAAGCUUCGUACAAGUGGAGGGCGAUAUCCUGUUCAUGGAAUUUCUUUACCCAAAAGACAUCAAUGACAAACGGACCAUUCUACUUCUUCUCGUCUAUAAACUUGGCACAACACGGUCUAUGGUGUUCGAAUGGGAUGAAGCCAGUAUGCUCAACCGCAUGAUUCCCAAACACACCUCAAUCUUUCUGCCUCAGGAAGACCAGUUGCCUAGCAUGGUCAUCCCUUUGGCUAAAGAAUCCUCCUACCUCCUGAUUACCACAAAUUCCAUGGCAAUGUACACACCCAAUUCCUCGUCUCGUCCGAUGCGAUACCCACCAAUCAUUCCAGAUGCCGAAUCGUCCGAAGCUGGACUGUGGACUCGCUGGGCCAGACCUUCGCGGAACUGGAUGUACAGUCAGAGGUACGAUGGAAUAUUCCUUUGUCAAGAAAAAGGCUGGAUCUAUUAUCUCGAGUUUGGCAACGAUGGUGAGCUCGAAACCCAGACUUCUCUGGGUCAACUCCACUGCGAUGUUGAUACGGCAUUUGAUAUUCUUGAUAUGGGCCAUGAAGGUGGUGACUUCAUUCUCGCUGCUGGAAGCCAGGGUGAUGGCGGUUUGUUUGUCCAGGAGGCACGGGAUCACCCCAGAUGUGUUCAACGAUUCGUCAACUGGGCACCAGUUCCCGAUGCAGUUGUUAUUCCCUCAAACACCUCAGGCAUCUUCAAAGACACUCCAUAUGAACACGAUCGGAUAUUUGUCUGCUCAACCUCUGCUUCAGGCAAUGGUGCUAUCACCGAACUUCGAUACGGCAUUGAGGCUCAGAUUGGAGUCUCAGCCGCAUUGGGUGGAUUGUCCAGCAUACGUGAUAUGUGGGCUGUGUCACUCGGUGCUAAGGAUUCAAUAUACCUACUAGCCUCCGACCCGCUCUCGUCGUUGCUCCUUCAUACGACUCCCGACAUGAGAGAUGGCAUUACUGCCCUUGAGGAUGAUACAGGUUUGGACAUCCAACAGACUUUGGCAAUGGACUCUACACCUUCCGGUGUUAUUGUUCGAGUCACAGAAAGAGCUCUGCACUUUUUUGUCCCUACUGAUUUCUCUCUCAGCAGCUGUGUUCAACAUGAUCCCCUUGUAUCUGUCACAGCAGCUAUUGUGGACGGCCCAAGUUCCACUAUUGUCAUGACUACAAGAAGUAAAAGGGGAAAUUUUCUCCACUUUCUUCGGAUAGUCAUGACUGAAGGACGUGCCUCCCUAUCUGAUCAUGAAGUUCCAUACCAACUCCAAAAAGAGCCCAUCUGUAUCUCCCACCAGAAUUGGGGGGAAGUUGGCUUCAUUUUCCUCGGUACCAGCGAUGGUACAGUGCUAUCAUUCGAGGUUUAUAACGAGACUGGUGGAAUCAGACAACAUGCCGACACUCGUAUCUCAGUCGGACGCGAGACUGCAAAAGACAUGUCAGAAACGAUUGAAAGCCUCGCUAUUAUCAAUACUAUCUCAGGCGGUAGAAGCCACGCGCUCCUUUUAUGUGGGCUUCGAAGUGGCAUACUUGUUCCAUUCAAUGUAGAUACAAACGUCGUUGAUCAUCAGGGUGACCCUGUAUUCGGUUUCAAACGUUUGGAACAAAGAGCGCCACACCAUCUUGGGCAAACAUCAAUCAACCUCAAAGCCCACAAUAAUUUUGCAUUGUUUACAUGCGGAGAUGAUUUCUGGCGUGUGUCAUGUGCCCCGAAUGGCAAGGACUUGGACUGUUUCUUGUCUCGCGUUUGGGUUACAGAUCAAAACUGCCCCGCAUACUUUCCUACCAGGUUCAGCAGCUUCGACCUUGUCGAUGUAAGAGAUCAAGAGUCAGGGAUUCCAACUACAUACAUGUUUUGUUUUGCGGAUGGUCAACUUCUGAUAUGCUCUCUGGAUCAAGAAGCAAAGGUCGUUCCUCGGCGCAUCGACAUUCCCGGGAAUCCAAGCAAGCUCACCUACUCCGAUCAUCUCCAAAGUCUCAUUGUUUCAUAUUCUGUGACCCAGACCGGAAAUCAAGAAAGUCCUCUCGAUAUUUCCCGCACGGCAUGUAUCGAGUUUGUGGACCCAGACAGACAGUCACCAGUGGUCUCUACCGAUAAAAACCUGGUUGCCCAAGGCCAUCUCCCCUGGAGACCACAUGGAGUUUCUGGUGAGAAAGUCACAUGCAUUUUUGACUGGAUGCCAUACAAGGAUGGCAAUGCAUACCAUCUUAUCGCAAUUGGGACUUCGAUCAGUUUGCCUCAUCGACCCAAUGACCGACAAGGUCGAUUGAUGCUCAUACAAGCGUCUCGAGAUGCCAACGAUCCUGGGCAGAUCACUUGCAUUGACAAGCACACACAAUGGUUUAAGGACCCAGUUUAUGCCAUGACGGCAUACGACGAUAGCUUGAUUGUUGCCGCUGGGAACAAAUUCUUCACGGUCACCUCACGAAAUUCUAUGACGAAAUGGGUUCGAAAUAUCACAGCUACUCUUCCAUCCCCAGCUGUUGAGAUGACAAUGCACGGAGGCAUGAUCUAUGUCACCACCUCGAGACACUCUCUGCUGGUCUACAAGAUCUCAAACGGGGAUAUCUUAAUGCACGGUUUCGACCCAAUGGCACGCGAUGGUUUGUCGCACAGUUUAUUGGCCGGGCAUGGAUGUCAAUCGGAUCUCCUUCUUGUGAGCACCCGAGGUGGAGCUACUAGGGCAUUCACAGACCUCGAUCAACCAGGUGACCUUGUGCCUCGUCCAACGGCCAAUCUCCCCGUCUCAUUGAUCAAGCUCACUCGAGGCUACAGGUCUCCAGCUGUGCUGACGACCACUAAGACCUUCUAUGGUUUUGGUAUCAAUGGAUCAGUCUACAGGCUCUUGUGCCUUGGUGCGAAGGAGUGGCACCUUCUUCGACUUCUGCUCAACAUAUGCCUUAGGGAUGAGGUCAUCUGUCCCUCCCUGUCCCGCAGGCACCGCUACCUUGAUGCAAUCUCCCAGGUCGAGAACAGUAUGCAUAUCGACGGCAAUAUCCUCGCUCGCCUUGUCAGUCGCGGCUUGAAGCACCUGGAUGAGGUUCUCCUGGCGUGCAACGAGAGUCAGUUCAAGGACCUGACUCCUGAAACAGUGCACAUGUUCUUUGAGGCAGUUCGGGACGUGCUUGGGGUUAAUGAACACCAUACCCAGGCGGUUUUUAGCUGGCUUCGUCAUAUUCUACACGUUGAGAUCUAA